AUGUGUAAAGUGUGGCUUGAUAUGCUGAAAGAAGCCGUUUAUGAUGCAGAGGUCAUCUUGGACGAGAUUGCUACCGAAGUUUUGGUACAGAAGCAAGAUGCUAUGGAUGAUGCAGAUGACAUCUUGAAAGAGAAUGCUACUAAAGAGAAUACACAUAAGCUAAAGGCUAAAGUUGGAGCCAGUGUAAGUAAGGUACGUAAUCUCAUCUCUACUUGUUUUGUUAACAAUAUUGUAAAAGGAGAGUCUACUUGUUUUGUUAACAAUGUAAACAAAGAGAUAGAGAAGCUAGUUGACAGACUCGAAGCUUUAGUAAAACAUAAGGAGAAUAUAGGUCUAAAAGAAGUUAAUGAAGGGAAUUCAUCAGAAAGAUUGGCCACGACUUCUGUCAUCGAUGAAUCUCGUUCUUUUGCUUGGCAUGAUGAUAAGGAUGCAAUAAUUUACAUUCUGCUCUCAAAUGGUGCAAAUGGCGAUGAGAUGGGUGUGAUUGCCAUAGUCGGCAUGGGGGGGAUUGGCAAAAUUACCACUGCUCAGCUUGUUUACAAUGACAACAUGGUGAAUGAGCAUUUUGACCUUAAAGUAUGGGUUUGUGUUUCAGAUCCAUUUAAUGUAUCCACGGUAAUGAAAAUAAUUAGAGAGACAGUAGACUCGUCUGCUAAUGUUGGUAGUAAGAAUUUAAAUCAGCUUCAAAAUGAACUCAUGGGGAAGUUGACUGGAAAGAAAUUCCUUCGUGUUCUAGACGAUGUUUGGGAGAAGAAUAAUGCCAAAUGGGAGGUCUUAAGUAAUGCUCUUAAAUCUGGGGCACAAGAAAAGUGUGAAGCAAUUGGAAGACAAAUACUAGAAAAGUGCAAAGGCCUACCUUUAGCAAUCAAGGCUAUUGGGACUGUUUUGCGGUCUAAAUCAGGUGUUGAUGAAUGGGAUAGGGUAUUGAGAAGUGAAUUAUGGGAUUUGCUAAAGACUGGCAUCCUUCCUGCUCUCAGAUUAAGUUAUAAACAUCUUUUGCCAAAGCUAAAGCGAUGUUUUGCGUACUGCUCCAUAUUUCCAAAUGAUUAUGCUUUCAAAAAAGACAAAUUAGUCUUAUUAUGGAUGGCGGAAGGUUUCUUGCAGCAAUACAAAAAUAAAACAAUGGAAGAAGUUGGUGAUGAUUACUUCCUUGCUCUUGUAUCAAGAUCAUUAUUCCAAAAAUCCUAUGACAAUAAAUAUAUAAUGCAUGAUCUUGUUAGUGAUUUGGCAACAUUUAUAUCUAAACAAUUCACUGUAAGCCUUGCAGAUGAUUGUCCUACUGAAAUUGUAAGCAACACUCGCCAUUUAUCUUUUCAUAAGAACUUUGCACGCUUUUAA